GUGCAGUGGUGAAAGGUUCACUAUUAAUUAGCCUGUUACCUUUCAGCUCCAAUGGCGAUUCCUCCAUCAUACGUAGACCUUGGCAAAUCUGCCAGAGAUAUCUUCAAUAAAGGAUAUGGUUUUGGGUUGGUGAAACUGGAUGUGAAAACAAAAUCUGCAAGUGGAGUGGAAUUCACAACAUCUGGUUCAUCGAACACAGACACUGGAAAAGUGAAUGGAAGCUUGGAGACCAAAUACAAGUGGGCUGAGUAUGGGCUGACUUUCACAGAAAAAUGGAACACAGAUAACACUCUGGGAACAGAAAUUGCAAUUGAAGAUCAGAUUGCCAAAGGUUUGAAGUUGACAUUUGAUACAACUUUCUCACCAAAUACAGGAAAGAAAAGUGGUAAAAUUAAGUCAGCUUAUAAACGUGAGUGCCUAAACCUAGGCUGUGAUGUUGACUUUGAUUUUGCUGGACCUGCAAUCCAUGGUUCAGCUGUCUUCGGUUAUGAAGGCUGGCUUGCUGGUUAUCAGAUGACUUUUGAUAGUGCCAAAUCAAAAUUGACAAGAAAUAACUUCUCUGUGGGUUACAAGACUGGAGACUUCCAACUGCACACUAAUGUCAAUGAUGGUUCAGAAUUUGGUGGGUCAAUUUACCAGAAAGUGAGUGACAAUCUUGAAACUGCUGUAAACCUGGCUUGGACAGCAGGUAGCAACAGCACUCGCUUUGGUAUUGCGGCUAAAUACAAGUUGGAUUCUACUGCUUCUAUCUCUGCAAAAGUGAACAAUUCUAGUCUAGUUGGAGUGGGUUACACCCAGACCCUGAGGCCAGGUGUGAAACUUACACUGUCUGCCCUGAUAGAUGGAAAGAGCAUCAAUGCUGGUGGCCAUAAACUUGGUCUUGGCCUGGAAUUGGAGGCUUAAAAAGGUGAAGAAACUGCUGCAGAGAAGGGAUAUCAGAAGAAUUUGGCCUUAAAAUGUAUUUCCAAUGUGACCAGCAGGCUUUUUUUUUUUCCAAGAAGGAUGACCUAGAACAAGAGCUGUAUUUGAAGUAUUUAGACAGUUACUUGUUAGCUGGUUUCUAGUUAAAUUGGUUACCCAUCUAGUUGAAAUUCUGCAUUAGUGCAGUCACUUAAACAUUAUUUAAAUGUAUUUAACUGUUUAAUGCGCUACCCACAAAUAAUGAAAUAGACAUUUAUGAAAACUGUACAAUUGUGUGCAUGUUUGUUUUUAUGUUCCUUUUAACAUUUGAUAUUACCAUUCAAUGAAAAAUGGAUCAGUGGAUGUUUUGAAAUGAGGUCAACGAUUUUGUUAAAUCACCUUAAAUAGAAAUACAUUUGGUAUCCCAAGACAAAUUAUGAAUAAAACAAGUACACACACAUACUUGUGCCUCAGAUAUUUUAAGAAUUAAGAUAUGAGGGUAGUGCUUAGUUAGUUUUAUCUUUUAACUUAAUCCAAGAAGUAGUGCUCUAUACCUUUGUGCAAUUAAGGACCCCCACCCAUGACAACAUUGAGUAUAGAUGGUUUUCACCGAACAGUUGGAUUCCUCAAGCAAGUUGAAUGUGCGUUUCUGUCAGGUAAGAUUUGUCAUGACAUAAUGGUUUACCUCCCCCUGUGUUCCACGGGCAAGAUUUACUGCAUUACUAGUUGACCUCCUGAUGCAACGAGUGCAGAAUGAUGUACUUGGCACACUGAGACUUUUAAGAACUGCUCCUUGAUGCUUUUGCAAGGGGUGAAAAACCUCACCACAGACACACCUUUUGCUUAUAUUUGUAUGAAGUGAGACGUCUCUGCAACUGAAUGUAACAGUAUAAUGGCAUAACAGCCUGCUUAUCCCAACUGCUGUGAGAGGUUUCUGCUUCAAAUGACUGAAAUAAAGGCUUAAUUUUAAAUGGA